UGGCAUGUACUGGAAACACAUAGGCAGGAACUUUGACCACUGCUAGUUAGCAGUCAGCUAGUAGUUUUUUUCUGUAUUAUUUUCCACAUUUCUGUGCGUGUAUUUUUUUUUAUAUGCAGAGAGAUGUGGUUUAUUUAUUUACUCAGCUGGCUGUCGUUGGUGGUCCAAAUAUGUUUCGUCACUCUAGCAAUAGCUGCUGGCCUGUACUAUUUGGCAGAACUAAUAGAAGAAUACACAGUAGCCACCAGCCGUAUAAUAAAAUAUAUGAUACUGUUCUCGACAGGAGUCCUGGCAGGUCUCUAUGUCUUUGAAGGCUUCCCAGUGUUGAUGGUGGGGGUUGGCCUUUUCACCAACCUUGUGUACUUCGGCCUCUUGCGGACCUUCCCGUACAUACUGCUGAGCUCCCCCAACUUCAUCCUCUCCUGUGUGUUAGUGGUGGUGAACCAUUAUAUGGCCUUUCAGUACUUUGCACAAGAGUAUUAUCCAUUCUCAGAGGUGCUGGCCUACUUCACCGUCUGCCUGUGGGUGAUCCCCUUCGCGUUCUUUGUGUCAUUGUCAGCUGGUGAAAAUGUGCUGCCGUCCACCAUACAACAAGGAGACGACGUGGUGUCUAAUUACUUCACCAAGGGGAAAAGGGGGAAGAGGUCAGGGAUCCUGCUCGUCUUCUCUUUCCUCAAGGAAGCAGUGCUGCCGAGUCGGCAGAAAAUGUACUGAGGAGCUCAGGCUCGGGGUGAAGGGUUGGCGUUGGAGGUGCGUGCGUUUGUCUGAGUGUGUGUGUGAAGGAGAGUAAGAGGAAGCAGGAAAGACUGUGGACUCAAACGAAGCGGAGGCCAAAAAGGCAGCAGGAGAACGGACCAAUGAGCAGAACUGUUUCCUGCUGGAUGAGUUUACACAGGCCACACUCGUCUGUCGGUUUCUAUCUGUACUGACUGCCAACAACAACUACUAUAGAGACGUUGCUGAGGUGGAUCGUGUCUGUAGCGCAAUGCUUUCUCGUUGCGACUCCAUGUUUUUAAGCUUUAGUAUUAAAAUAUGUACGU